CUCUUUCAUUGCUAGUGUGUGUCUAUACCCAAGCAACUGAAGUGAAUAACAAUUAUCCACAGAAGAGAAAGAAAGAGCGAAAAUGGAGGCAGUGAAGAAUGCAAAGGAAGCGGCAGCCAACGUAGCGGCCUCCGCUACGUGUGCCGUGGAGAAGACCAAGGCUGCUGUAGAUGAGAAGGUGGAACUGGCGAAAGCCCAUGACCCAGCGCAGAAAGAAGCGGCCACCAGAAAGAAAGAGGAGAGAAUAAUCCAGGCUGAUCGCCAAGAGCAGGAGGCGCGUGCAUGUAAUGCAGCAGCCAAACUGCCGGGAAAGGCUGGCACAGGGGGGCAACAUAAUGCUUGAAGUUGGAUUAGAGCAUGAAAAUGGAGCUAGGCACCGUGAAUGUCGUGCACUUGUAACUGUUGUUGGUUUGAUGUUUUUUGUACUGUUUUUCUUCUCCUGUUUAUGUUUAUCCCGCAUUUAAGGUGGUGAUUUCAGGCAAACCUUAAUUGCUCUAAGCCUCUUAACUAUGUAGUUCGGUGCUCCAUUUGAAUAAAAAUACAAUGCUUAUGCCAUUAAUGUUAA